GUAUCCAAAGGGCAGAACCGGGCAGGGCAGGGCUUCUUUCCACUGCAGACUCCAGAGCAAGCGAACGAGAGAGACAGAGAGGUAUGUCUGUGCCUUUGUCGAGGCCAGCCCGGAGCGACGCUCAUAUGCCACCGGAUGAGGAGGUGAAGAGGGAGGCGGAGGCGCGGGAGUACUUCCAAGGGAUCGUCCCCAAGCGCCAUUCCAAGCCCUCCCGCAGCGACUACUCCUCCGUCUACUCCGACGCCCUCCAGCCCUCCGAUCAACAUUCCAUUCCCGAAUUCGACAAGUUUCAAGAUCUGGAGGCAGAUCCCCAGAAACUGUUCUACGAUGAAACCCAUGAAGCGGUAGAGGAAUACGUGGAGACAGAGUAUUACAAAGAUCUCGACUGCAUCGAUAAGCAGCACCACACGACUGGGACCGGCUUCAUCAGGAUGGAAAAACCCACCGGAAGCAGCUUUGAACUGACACCGGACUCUGAUGCACCGGGCUGCCAUCUAUCUUCCAAGGGAAAUCCAGCGACAAAUGAAUGGAUUCCAUCUCUUGAAACGGUGGAUCCAGUCUCCCACAAGCCUAACAGGGGUGACGUAUGAAACUGGCGUUCGAUGAUGAUCCCCCUAGCAUUUGGCAUGGCGUCGUAUUUAUGUCAAUAUAAAUAAGCACUCGAGUGCAAGUAAAUAUGUUCUCUGAACAUAAACAUGUCUGCUGGACUUGUGCAAUUUUAGCGGGGAAAAUGUAGUUGCAAUGUUCGUAUUUGAACACAUGCAGCGUUACCUGUUGCGCUAAUGCUGCCCUAAUUGAAUCUCCUGAUCCAUAGA